AUGCUUGCAAGCUUGAACUUGAAAUCCGAAGAAUCAAGCGGCCAGAUGCAGCUGGUCGAACGUGAAGACAUGGAAGAUGAAGCUAUCGACAAGCUGAUUUUUCAAGGAAUUAAUGCCGGAGAUGUAAAGAAGCUUCAGGACGCAGGGAUCUUUAUCUGCAAUGGCUUGAUGAUGCACACGAAGAAGAAUUUGACUGGAAUCACAGGUUUAUCUGAGGCGAAGGUUGAUAAAAUCUGUGAAGCUGCUGAGAAGCUUGUGUUUGUGAAGUUAUCAGAGGAUAGUUCUGUUUGUAACGAAGCUUUAUUGUUGAUAGGGCUUCGAAUGCAACUUCGGUUGCUGAAGUUGGAAUCUGAAGAACAUUUGGAGGGACGUAUGCUAGUUUCAAGUGAUGAAGAUGGUGUGGAAGUAUCUUCUGAAAUGUUAGAAGGCAAUGCAUUAUGGAGAACUGAAGAUGACUGGGAGUCAUCUUACAUUAUUGAUGUCUUGUCUGAAGCUCAAACUGAUAAUAAUUUAGUUUGGCAAUCUCUAGAAUGCCCUGUGAGUGUUUCUGUGUUUGAAGAUCUGGAAGAGUGGUGCAGUGAUUUGACUACUUGUUCAAGGUCUGAAAGGAGAUUGCUUUUCGACCGCAUCAAUUCAGGAAUUGUUAUGAUUCAUGAGCAAUCUACUGAUCCACAGCCAUGGGUGAGAAAUGCAGCCAAACAUUUUGGACCAACAAGGAUUAACGGGCUUCAGGAUGCUCUUUUCCAGAUGCUAGGGAACCAAGGAAAGGUAGAGGAUGAUGUCCUGCGUAAGGAGUCUCGGUGGUUGAAGUUGAGUGAUGACAUUGAUGUAAUAGGCAUAGAAGUUGAGAGAAUGAUACUAGAUGAUUUUGUGGCAGAAAUAGCCGGUAUCUAG